AUGGUGAAGAGAAAGCGAAAGACUCGAGUUGCGGCCAGCAACAGCCCUGUCCGCAGUGAUGGACAGAAAGUCAUACUAACCCCGAAAGCCCACGAAAAAGCCAAUCCCCGGGACGGGUCAGAUGGGAGCAAAGUGCAGCCGAUAGAAGACGCGCGCCAUGCCAUGGAAACCUGCGCCCCUCCCGAGCCAAGCGACGCGUCCGCCCUCUCUGCUGCCUCCGAUUCUGACGAGGAGGCGAUCGAGUACAGGCACGACUCGAUUUUGCGCGUCGCAUCACAGUCGCGUCUUUUCUCCCCACCCUCUGCAGAUGAAGAACAAGAGGAAGACAAAACGCCGAUCGCGAAGAGGACUCGGCAAAGCCUAGGAGACGAUGCGAGUCAGCAGCAGCAACCGGAAGCGAGGAAGGCUCAGGAACUGAAGAGGAAAGACUCUGCAUUGAGUACGCCGAAAAAGGAAAAGGAUACGGAGGGGAAGAACUACAACGUUGUAUUAAGCGGAGAGAUGUGUGGGGUGCACUAUGCGGUGGCGCGUGUAGAAAAGGCCGGCAUGCCGAUAUCGGGAACAGCGUGGGUAUCCGUGAUGCGGGGUGUGGUGCAAGUGUUUGGCGCGGUGCUGCACGAAGAGGACCGACCGGUGCUGGUUUCGUCCGCGCCGUACACACCGUUUAUUUUAUCGCUGACGGUGCACGAGAGGGUUCGGGGAGCAGAGAGUGUGAGACAGGGCAGGCGGAUGCAUCCGGAAGCGAUUGCGCACAUGAAGGUGCGAAGUCAUGUCGCUGGUCAGAUUCCGAGGAGGGAUGCGUCGCCGCAUCUUACGCUUUUGACAUCAACGGGGGACGAAGGGAUCUGCGAGCCUGUGGAGACGGACGGGCUGCAAAACUGCACGGACGUGUUUCGCAGCACGAGCGUGUUUCCGCAGAUAGGAAAGCUUCCGGCGAUGCUGGGCGGAACGCGGCUGACAAGUACAGCGUCAAUCCCGCAAGAAGGGAGUAAGUAUGGAGUGUUUCGGGAGUGGGGGCUGUGGAAGCAACUCUGCGGGGACAUUGAAGCCGAGAUGCGAGAGAAGGGGAACGCGAGGGAUGUGCGGGUGCUGGUGUAUGGGGCGAGCGGGACGGGGAAAUCGACAGUAACGCGAUGCUUGGUGAAUCGGCUACUGACGCAUUGCGAGGGGGUUGUAUUCGUGGACACGGACGUGGGGCAGCCAGAGAUGAGCGUUUCGGGGAUGGUGAGCGCGCAUGUGGUGAAGGAGUGUCGGAUUGGGACGGGACUGGGGUCUGUGCGGGGGGUGCCUUUGUGUGGACGGUAUUUAGGGGAGACUACUGCGCGAGAGGCGCCCGAGUUGUAUGCGAAGUAUGUGGAGGAGGUUGUGGGCAAGGCGCGGGAGGUUGCCAGCAGGGAAGGGUGGGCGAUGGUGGUGAACUCAGAUGGAUGGGUUGGUGGGGUUGGGGCGGAGCUGCUGAAGGAGCUCGGGCGGUUGUGUGAGGCCGGGUAUUUGGUGGAGAGUCGGAUGGAAGGGGAAGGGGAGCGCAAGUGGCUGAGCGAGGCGAUGUGGGGCGGCGGGGCAAAGUACGUGAUGGAGCGGGCGGGGAGUCGGGAUGUGAGCGGGAUGCGGGGGAGAGUGUAUCGGGAGAUGUUGUGCGGGGGGUACUUCUGGAAAGAGAUGUGGAUGGGGCGAGUGUAUCGGGUAGAAGGGAUGAAGGUGAGAGUGGUGGAGGACGGAUGGGACGGGGAGUUCUGCGUCGGGGCUCUUGUGAACGCCGGACUGGUGGCGGUGGGGGUGGCGGAUGGGGAGGGAGGGACCGAGGUGGUGGGGAUGGGAAUUGUGCGAGGGGUGGAGCAGCAAGGGGAGGUUCUGUAUGUGAGCAGUGCGGUGCAGUGGGAGAGGCUGAGGGAAUGCGACACGAUGGUGAUGAGCGGGGCUGUGCAAGUGCCCAAGCGGUUGUUUGAGGAGUUUGCUCAGUUGGGCGACGGGGACGACAGGGUGAUGCCCCACCUGAUGAGCGGUGCGGCAGCCAGCGGAAACGCGAUGGCGAGUCGGGCGACGCUGGUUCGGAGAAAUCAAGUGGCGAUGUGA